AAAUCUUUCAUUUCAGUUUUUGAUCGACUUGGCCGCUGUCUCUGCCUGAGAUGUGGGAGCCAACGUCGGAUGAAAAGCGUGAUCCUUACUUGGCAAAUAAACAUUCUUUGGUUCCUGCCUUUCUUGCCUCGAAAGGUUUAGUGAAACUUCAUAUCGAUUCUUACAACCACUUCAUUGAAACGGAAAUCAAAAAUAUCGUCCGUGCGAACAACAGGGUCAGCGUCCCAGAAGCCAAUUGGUGGUUAGAGUAUAAUGACGUGUAUAUUCGUCCGCCUACCGUGAACGAUGGGGGUGUUGUCGCUAGUCGCGUGACACCACAUGAUUGUCGUCUUCGAGAUUUGACGUAUGCGGGCGAAAUUUUGGUUGAUGUCACCUUCAUGCGACAGAAUGAGAUUGUUUCAAAAAAGGGUGUUCUAAUCGGAAGACUGCCCGUUAUGCUGAAAAGUUCUGUGUGUAUUCUGAGUGGUAAGACGCAGUCAGAACUCAUGCAGCUGAAAGAAUGCCCAUUGGAUCCGGGAGGUUACUUUAUCAUCGGUGGCACAGAGAAGGUGAUUCUUAUGCAGGAGCAGACCUCAAAAAAUCGCAUAAUCGUUGAAGAAGACAGCAGGCAUAGUCUCGUUUGCUCCGUCACGUCGUCCUCUGCACAAACCAAGUCGAAGACGAACAUCAUUAUGAAGGACGAUAAAUUCUUCUUGGCGCACAAUUCGUUCACAGCAGACGUACCCAUAGCUAUUUUGUUCAAGGCAAUGGGAAUAACGUCCGAUCAAGAAAUGCUUCGCCUCAUCGGAUCGGAAGAAUCUAUUUGGGCUAAUUUUGUGCCUAGUUUAAAGCAAUGUCUGGAGUUCAACGUGCACACGCGUCUUGAUGCCUGCAAGUGGCUACAGUCCCGUCUGCAACAACGCCGCUUCCGACCAAGUGUCAGCACUGGCGCUGGGAAACCGACGCGACCAGAGGCCACCGUCACAGACUACGACGUUGUUCUGGACAUGCAGCGUCUUGUACGCGAUAUCAUCAUCACUCAUGUGGAGAUGGAGAAGUUUAAUUUCGCACCUCGAGCUGUGUUUCUCGGACAAAUGGUUCGGUACCUGAUUCUGGCCCACGAGCAAAAAAUCCCGCCUGACGACAGGGAUUUUUAUGGAAAUAAACGCAUUGAGUUGGCUGGCAGCUUGAUCGCUCUGCUGUUCGAAGACGUAUUUAAGACGUUCAACGAAGACCUUUGGUUGACUGUGUCUAAAAUAGAUACUAAACGUCGAUGUGCUCCGUUCGAUAUUUCGCGCCACAUCAAGACUUGGAUGAUCACCGAGCAACUGAACCGAGCCAUCUCUUCUGGCAACUGGAUAAUCAAACGAUUUCGUAUGAUGCGUCAAGGCGUUACCCAAAUCGUCAGUCGUUUGUCUUACGUUGCCGCUCUCGGACACAUGACGCGUAUGACAAGCACGUUUGAGAAAACACGAAAAGUAUCCGGUCCUCGUUCGAUUCAUGCCAGCCAGUGGGGAUUCGUCUGCCCAUCGGAUACUCCUGAAGGUGAAGCCUGUGGUUUGGUGAAGAAUGUCGCACUGAUGUGUCAUGUGACCGUUGAGAUGGAAGAUGCCGGAUUGAUCCGCUUGCUGAGCUCGUACUACGUGCUACCUCUGCAUCAGAUGCAGUAUGGGAAAUCCGAGUUCAUCAUUUACGUGAAUGGUAAACCGAUUGGCUUCACCGAACAACCAGGAAAAGUGGCUGCGCUUAUACGUGGACUGAGGCGUUCGGGUCACAUAGAUUGUUUUGUCUCUGUCCACAUUAAACAGACACACCGCUGUGUUCACGUGGUCAGCGACGGUGGUCGACUUUGUCGUCCAUACAUUAUUGUGACCAACAAUCGUCCACUCGUUACACAAGCUAUGCUAGAGGAUUUGGCCAACAACGUCCUUAGCUGGGAGGAUUUUAUCAAAAAGGGCAGCAUUGAAUAUCUGGAUGCGAACGAGUUAAACGAUUGUUUGGUUGCAAUGGACGAAUCGUAUUUGACCGACGGAAAUCGGUACACACAUAUGGAAAUCGAUCCAGCCACAAUUUUGGGUGUGGUGGCAGGUCUGAUCCCGUAUCCGGACCACAAUCAGUCUCCUCGGAACACCUACCAAUGCGCCAUGGGCAAACAAGCAAUUGGUACAGUGGCUCUCAAUCAGCAAAUCCGUUUCGACACCCUGCAAUAUCAGAUGAUUUAUCCGCAAAAACCGAUGGUGCAGUCGAGGACAAUUCAAAUGAUGCAUUUUGAUGAGCUUCCUGCCGGCCAAAAUGCUAUCGUGGCCAUCAUGUCUUAUUCGGGGUACGAUGUGGAAGAUGCGCUUGUCAUCAACCGCGCCUCUCUGGAUCGAGGGUUCGCGCGAGCGUGCGUCUACAAGCGUGCUGGAGUCCACCUGAAAAUGCACGAGAAUGCUGUUUACGAUCGGCUGAUGGGACCAAGCAUCGAUCGAGAAACUGGACAACCUCGCCGCGGUGACGAGCUUCUACAGGCUGACGGCACAGCGUUCGUCGGUGCUCGUGUUGUUGACCGCCAGAUUUUAAUCAAUAAAGAAAUGCCUGUGGUAAAAGUCACCUCUUUGCAAGACAACGCUGGUCAACUGGGUCUUCACAGUGGUACGCCAGAUGGACUUACCGAAUUUCGACGCUGUCCUGCAGACUACAAAGGAAUCGAACCGUCUUAUGUGGAGAAGGUAAUGUUCUCCACAUCAGAAGGCAAUCAGGCUGUGGUCAAAGUUCUCCUACGGCAGACUCGUCGCCCGGAGGUGGGAGAUAAGUUCUCAAGCCGACAUGGCCAGAAAGGAGUCAUUGGUCUGAUUGUACGACAGGAAGACAUGCCGUUCUCUAUGCAGGGACUCGUUCCGGAUGUCAUCAUGAACCCUCACGGGUUCCCCAGCCGGAUGACGGUUGGUAAACUUCUCGAACUUCUAGGAAGUAAAGCCGGGGCCGUUGAGGGCCGCAUUCGUGACGGAUCUGCAUUCUCUGGGGAUUCCGCAGAGCAGCUAUCACAGGUUUUGUCAGAUCACGGUUAUCAUUUCCUCGGCAAGGAAGUGCUCUACUCUGGUGUUACCGGUGCCCCAUUGGAGGCCUACAUCUACUUUGGUCCCGUUUAUUAUCAGAGGCUAAAGCACAUGGUGAUGGACAAAGUUCACGCUCGCUCUCGAGGUCCUGUCACAGCACUCACCCGCCAACCCACAGAGGGCCGAAGUCGCGAGGGUGGACUGCGUGUGGGGGAGAUGGAACGAGACUGUUUCAUCGCCUAUGGCACAUCACAAUUGUUGGUUGAACGCUUGCUCACUUCCAGCGAUGCCUAUGACGCUUUCGUGUGUGAGCAAUGUGGACUGUUAGCCACAUCACGCACUUGGUGUCAGUACUGUAGAAACAGCCGCCGAGUCGUCACAGUGCGCAUGCCUUAUGCGUGCAAACUGUUGUUCCAGGAAUUAAUGUGCAUGCGUAUCCUGCCAAGACUCACAUUGCGCAACACUUAUCGUGACCGAAAAUGAGUUCUAAUGGAACCUGGUUCCGGUGACCUCAUCUCUCAUCAUCUGUACAGUGUACAUACGGUUGAUCUGUCGCACAUAAACAGUUUUGCUGGAAUGAAUCAC